UACACAGAAACAGGGUAUGAUCAACGGUGAACUCGUAACGGCUACUUUUGAGUUGAUAGUUAAAUGGAGAAGAAGCUACAAAGAAGCGUUGACUUUGUCAUGGAACUUCCACUGUCACUGAGAGGAAUAUCAGAAACAGAGCCAUUCCAAUUAGAGAAAGCAGUGUGUAGCCAUGGCCUCUUCAUGAUGGCACCAAAUUACUGGGACCCACUCUCCAAAACCCUCACGCGCCCACUGCGCCUCCACGAUGCUCCUUCUUCUUCCUCUCUCAUCGUUUCUGUUUCUCAGCGUCUUUCAUCCCUCGCUGUUAGGGUUCACGGUACCCACUACCUCUCCCCUCAGCAAGAACGCGCCUUGAUGGGUCAGGUGUCGAGAAUGUUGCGUUUCUCCGAAGCGGAAGAGAAAGCUGUGAGAGAGUUCAGAAGCAUGCCCGUUGAUCAUCAAAAUAGAAGCUUUGGUGGAAGGGUGUUUAGGUCUCCCACGUUGUUCGAGGACAUGGUUAAGUGCAUACUUCUCUGUAACUGCCAGUGGCCAAGGACUUUAGGCAUGGCUCAGGCACUUUGCGAGCUUCAGUUGGAACUGCAAAAUGGAUCACCCCGUUCUGUUGCAGUGUCAGGCAAUCCAAAAGUUGAGACUGAUGGCUUCAUUCCCAAGACACCAGCUGCUAAAGAGAUCAGGAGAAAGGGUUGUGAUUCGUCUGGUGUUUCAACAGGAGGCAUGUUUGUUAAGAAGAAAUUAGAGUGGGAAGUGGAUGGAAAUUUGCCAAUGGACCACUUACUGGAAUCUAGUUCAAACAUGACCUUGCUUCCAACAGAUAAUGGCAAUUCAGAAGAGCUAAGCCUAAGUGCAGAUGAUUCACAUCUUCAAGUUCCUAAUGGAAAAGAGUAUUUUAACCGUACUGGAAAUUUUCCAUCCCCGAGUGAGCUAGCAAACCUUGAUGAGAGUUUUCUGGCAAAGCGAUGCAGACUUGGGUAUAGAGCAGGUUAUAUAAUAGAACUUGCUCGAGCAAUUGUUGAAGGAAAAAUUCAAUUAGGACAGCUUGAAGAACUCUCCAAAGAUGCAAGUUUAUCCAGCUAUAAGCAGCUUGAGGAUCAGCUGAAGCAAAUUAAGGGAUUUGGCCCAUUUACUCGAGCAAAUGUACUUAUGUGCUUGGGAUAUUACCAUGUCAUUCCAACAGAUACUGAAACUAUUAGACACUUAAAGCAGGUUCAUUCAAGAAAAUCAACCUCUCAAACAAUUUUGAGUGAUGUUAAAGAAAUUUAUGGAAAGUAUGAACCCUAUCAGUUCCUGGCAUACUGGUCUGAGAUAUGGGACUUCUAUGAAAAACGGUUUGGGAAGAUGAAUGAAAUGCACCCUUCUGACUAUAAACUUAUAACUGCUAGUAAUAUGAGAAGUGCUAGUAAAAACACAAGGAAGAGGAAGAUACCAUGCUGAAAAUGUC